GAAGGACACGUAACAACAAUCCAAAACAAGGGGAUAGGGGGGAAAACAUAGCGAGAGCCAGAGGCUAAGAUUCAACAGGAUGAAGCCAGGCGAGGAGUCAACGAAAAGCAUCCAUACGAGUAACAAGAACGGCGAAAGUGAAGUGAAGAAGGUAACAAAACCCCCUUUCAGACCCGCUAAAGAUGACACAAAGCCACUUCUUCAAGAUCCAAUACUGAGAUCAGAUCCGAUUGAGACAGAGGAAGCUCUGCUGCGGUUGCCCCCUUUUCCUAUUUGUAAACCUAAAUCUCAAACCCAAUAAAAUUUUAUCAUCUCUUUUGUGCCCAUGAAUCUGUUGUAGUAAGCCUGGUUGUUGUUGUGCUUGAACUUAUUUGGUAAUAUUUAAUUAUUAUUAUUGUGUUGCUCAUGA